AAGCAUAAAUGUUCUAAGAGUGUACAACAGGACUUUGCGUCCGUCAGUGAGGAUAACAAGUCUGUCAUUGGAUAGAUCCUAAGUGAAAUUAGAUAUAAAAGAGAAAUGAAUUGAAUUUACUGGACAACAUUCUUCAGAUCUGCUGGGACAUAUUUUCAUUUUCUGUGAGUACUGCAAUGGAUUGGGACAAGUGAGCAUCUCAACAUCUUUUGUGAAAAAGGAGAACGUGGAUGUCACUGGCUUUCACUUCACGUUUUAGGUCAGCGCUGCUUUUGGGGUGAAAGAAGACCAUCAGCAAACCUCAGCCUUGCGGCCGGGACUCCCCCGUCUUCUGUCGGAGUCCGCCGGUCCGCAGCCUGCGGCAGGGAGGCCCGGGCACCCGCAGGUGGCGCCCCACGUCCGUGUUUGCGCCCUCAGCCGCGCUCCAGGCGCAGCUGGGAAACCCAGCGCGUCUCCCCGGGUCCUUUGAGCGAGCGCGGACACCGCAAUUUAAUAAAUAAGCGCAAGCGCCAGCCGCUCCACCAGUCCGAGGUCCAGAGGAGCAGACACACAGACCCGGGCCGGAGGCCCCUCUUCUAGCCCUGCGGGAACCGGACAGUUCCCCAACUGGGGACUCUGGAACCACAGCUCCUAAAUCAUCAAAUUCUCAAGCUUUUUUUUUUUUCUUCUCUUCGUCCCAGCCAUCCCAGUCUUCUUCUUUUUUUUUUUUUUUUUUAACUUAUUUUUUUUUCGCUCCUGUCAUUAUGAAAGUGGUCACGCCAUUCAAUAUUAAGACUUGGAGGGAAUUGGGGAAAGAAAAGAAAGAAUCUAAAAGAAGAGAAGCGACCGGUGCUUUUAAGGGUGCCUAAUUUUCAAAAGAGACGUCUGGGAGUAUUUUGCUCUGGGCGUUUGGGUGAGCAGGACCCGGGCGUUGGAGGGUGCGGCGGGCUUGGGAGCAGGGAAGGUUCCGAGUCCUAGGGAGGCGGCAGCGCUCGGCUAUGCCCUCUGGAGAGUGGCGGGGCUGCGGGGCCGAGGGGAGCCGCGAGGGAGCCGCGCUGCGGACGCGCUGAGCGCGGGAGCUCGAGGGGCCCCAGGCAGCGGUGCGGGCGCGAAGCCCAGGGGUUGGAGGCACCUGGGCGCACAGCGCGGGGCGCUGAGCCGGGCGAGACGCGGGGUUCCCGGUCCCGGGCGCGGCGCCUAAGCGGGCGCGCGGGGCGUGGUGCACCCCUGAAGCGGCGCAGGCUGGCGCGGGAAAGCGGCAGGGCGGGGCGGCGCGGUUAUUGGCCACGCGCUGGGAGCAGGGUCGCGCUCCGUGUCCUCCUCCCGACAGCUCCCACUCGCCUCAUUUUCUCUAAGCAGAGCAACUUCGCGGACAGCGGAGCUCGCCCAGCAUGGAUGUUCCAGGUAACCACCCCCGACCUGCCCUCCCCUCCGCAUGCAAGCGCCUUCUGCGUGGAUUUUAACCAAGACUCUCCCUGGUCCAGAUCGAGGGGUGGGGGAGGUGGCGAGAGAGAAGAGAAAUCAUGUAGGAUCGGGGCUGCGGACAGCGGAUAUUUAUCAAGAGCCAACUUCUCUGUUCUUAGAAAGAAUAUUGGAAGAGUUAAUGGGAGGCUGUGGGCGGCGAGGGGGCGGCUUCUCUGUGAGUCUCUGGGCUGGUAUUGAAAUGGCCUGUCUGCUUUCCUGGGAGGAGCGGGGACCGGGCAAAAGUGCAGACGGGCGCGUAAGUUCGCAGAAACCUGCAGGGGCUGCCGCCCCGCUGAGAAAGAGAGAAUCCCCGUGGUCUGGAAACCAGAGCUGGAGAAUAAGCCAAGCCUGGGAUUCCGUCGUUGGAAUCGGUCCUUCGCCUAAGAGAGGAAUCCCAGGGGUUUCACCAAGGGGGCUCGCUAGUGGCUGCAGGGACCUUGGAAGUGGGUGUUUGGUUUUACUGCCGGUGUGUGUGUGUAUGUGUGUGUGUGUGUGGUGUCAUUUCCCCCCUAUUAAUCUUAUUCGCCCCAAGGAGAUUCCUGGGAUUUGUUCUGUGGGUGGAAAAUAGAUAAAAUCUGUACCAAAGGGACUUAAAUGGACUUUAAAAACAUCUCGAGGAUUGAAAAAUAGAGGAUAGCAGGGAAACAAGGGAAAGGAAAAGGGUUCCUUGGUGCUGCUCCAAGGAAAUGCUGUGAGAUGAAGACGAGAAGGCAAGCAUUCGUAGGUUUUUCUUUGCCUGCGUCUUAGCCCCCUCCGCGCUGGUGAAUGGGCGGGGUGGCGGUGACGCCUUCUGAGGGUCUCGGGGCCCGUCUUAGCGACGAGGACCUGCAGAAGCGCGGCCCCCUCCCUCGUCGCAGCCCCGCGCGCCGCUCGGGAGCCUUCAGGGAUGCGCUGCCAGCUGCGCCCGGGCGUUUCUCCGGACCUGUUGUGCCAGAUCGGAAAGCGGGUUGGCUGUGCGCGGGACCAAGGGGGUGGCCUUCGGGGAGAACCCCCGAGCCGCAGGCACCUGCUCCCAGUCCCCCUUCUUCCCGGUGGCUCCACCUCCCGGUGUAAGGCUUUGGGUUCUGUGCCCUGACAGGUUCACAGGCGCCUUUCUUCUGAGAACGACCCUGGCCUUGAACGUCAGAGCGGGGGACGAAGGCCCGCGGAGGCUGCUGCGGGCUCCGCGCGUUCCUUCGCGCCCUUCCGCGCCGCUCGCGCCCCCGCCGGCCUCCACCCCCGCGCGCCGCCUCCCACCAGUCCCGAUGCAGGCGCCCGGCCGGGGGCCACUCGGGCUGCGGCUGAUGAUGCCCGGGCGCCGGGGGGCGCUGCGCGAGCCGGGCGGCUGCGGAUCCUGCCUGGGGGUGGCGCUGGCCCUGCUGUUGCUGCUACUGCCCGCCUGCUGCCCCGUGCGGGCGCAGAACGACACGGAGCCCAUCGUGCUGGAGGGCAAGUGCCUGGUGGUGUGCGACUCCAGCCCGUCGGCGGACGGCGCCGUCACCUCCUCCCUAGGCAUCUCCGUGCGCUCCGGCAGCGCCAAGGUGGCCUUCUCCGCCACGCGGAGCACCAACCACGAGCCGUCCGAGAUGAGCAACCGCACCAUGACCAUCUAUUUCGACCAGGUAUUAGUAAAUAUUGGCAACCACUUUGAUCUUGCUUCCAGUAUAUUUGUAGCACCGAGAAAAGGGAUUUAUAGCUUCAGCUUCCACGUGGUCAAAGUGUAUAACAGACAAACCAUCCAGGUCAGUUUAAUGCAGAAUGGCUACCCAGUGAUCUCGGCCUUUGCAGGAGACCAGGAUGUCACCAGAGAAGCUGCUAGCAAUGGCGUGCUGCUGCUCAUGGAAAGGGAAGACAAAGUGCAUCUCAAACUUGAGAGAGGCAACCUCAUGGGGGGCUGGAAAUACUCCACAUUCUCGGGCUUCUUGGUGUUUCCUCUAUAAACACAGAGCCCCCUAGAUGGUGGGGGAAUGGCAAACUGGACCCAGGACUCCGCCCUUUAAAACACCCUGAACUUGCUGGAAUUGGGCACCUUGUUUCCAACCUCCGUCAGACUGUUGCAGUAGAAGAAUGAUUUCCUUUGAAACCUCCAGUACUUUUGUUUUUGUUUUUUGGAAUACUGACAAUUCCUCGGGAACCUGGCCUCUAAUUAGUUUUAGAUGACAAGGUCUUAAGGAGAAAUGAAAUUAUCGAUUUGAGCAAUUUGUACCUGUGAUUGUAAAGUCAAUAUCGGAUUUUAUUGUUGGAACCAUGGACCUCUUUUGUUUGUAUGUUGUAUUGUCGUCCCAAUGGAAGGAGAGCUCCUGACUCCAGGAUGGGCUGCAGGUUGCAGUCAGGGCUUGAAGCAGGAGCCCAGCAAAGAACCACCUGCUGGACAGUCCUUGACGUGUGUUCUGUGUGUGUCUGUAUAGCCUUAAGAAAAAGAAUGGUUUCACUUUCAUUCUGUAUUCUUCCCCCCACCAUGUGGCUGGGAGGACUUGGGAGGGGAUGGGAACAUUGUGAACCUGUCAAGAAGUGCUUUAUCCAGAGAAGCAAAUUUUGCACGAUUGGACUGCAAUUUUUGUUUUGUAUUGUUUGUGUUUUUUCUUGAAAAGCUUUACUUUUCUUUCCACACUCAGCUCUCCCUCCUCAACCCCACUUUUAUUUUUCUUGCUGGGGUUGGGGAGAGAAAAUAUAGAAUUCCUGGAUAAGACCAAACAAAACAAAACAUUAAAAUACCUGUAUGUUUUGUUUUAGACGAGACCAAACUAAACAAAAAGUAUCUGUUUAUCAAAGUAAAAGUAACACAAUGGACAAUUCUGCUUAUUCUCUCAAAGAGAUUCUAAGAUGCACCUUUAGAACUAUUAAUAGCAACCUGCAUUUUUUUUAAUUUAUACUUCAGAAUCCUUUAAGAACCUGGUGUUCCUGAGUGGUCCUGAAUCAUAUAAGUUGGGAAUGGAGGCUGUAAUGACCAAGUCCCCUAAACAUACUGUUUCUUUGCCACGUGUGCUGUGACUUCUCAGCGGGUGAUUUAAUUUAUUUGGAUCCACCUCUGAGUGAGCGCACAGUGAUCAGGUGCUUCAAAGCCAACAGACAAGCUCCUCUUCCUCCGGAUCCUCUUUUGAUCUGCCCAGGAAAGGGAUGCAUUGACACUCUCCUGCAUGCACCUGGCGAGAAGCCACCUGGAAGUCACUGUGGUUAAAGAUAUUGGUGGAGGUACCCCAGGAGCACUGUUACAAAUCCUUCUUGUUUUGGCAUCUCAUACAACAUUAUUAAGACACAGCUGAGAGUUGAUGGGUGUGUAAUUCAUAUGCCAAGGAAAUGUCACUAAUCCCAAAGCAAUCAAAAAGGAGACCUCAAACCAGAUGUUAAUUUGUUCUUUGUGUAACAAUGUAACCAAAAUAUUGAUGAUAAAAGUCAUAAUUUAAGAUUCAGAAUAAAUGGGUUUGAUGUCUGG